AUGACUGCCAACAACAACACUCCAGCCACUAACUACAAGGUUGCCGACAUCUCUUUAGCUGCUUUCGGUAGAAAGGAUAUUGAAUUAUCCGAAAAUGAAAUGCCAGGUUUAAUGUACAUUAGAAAGAAGUAUGGUCCUUCUCAACCAUUAAAGGGUGCCAGAAUUGCUGGUUGUUUACACAUGACUAUUCAAACCGCUGUCUUGAUUGAAACUUUAGUUGCUUUAGGUGCUGAAGUUACUUGGUCUUCUUGUAACAUUUUCUCCACUCAAGAUCAUGCUGCUGCCGCCAUUGCUGCUGCUGGUGUCCCAGUUUUCGCUUGGAAGGGUGAAACUGAAGAAGAAUACCAAUGGUGUAUUGAACAACAAUUAUUCGCCUUCAAGGACAACAAGAAAUUAAACUUGAUCUUGGAUGAUGGUGGUGAUUUAACUUCUUUAGUUCAUGAAAAAUACCCAGAAAUGUUAGAAGACUGUUAUGGUUUAUCUGAAGAAACCACUACUGGUGUUCACCACUUAUACAAGUCUUUAAGAGAUGGUAAGUUAAAGGUCCCAGCCAUUAACGUUAACGAUUCCGUUACCAAGUCUAAAUUCGAUAACUUAUAUGGAUGUAGAGAAUCUUUAGUUGAUGGUAUCAAGAGAGCCACUGAUGUUAUGAUUGCUGGUAAAGUUGCCAUUGUUGCCGGUUUCGGUGAUGUUGGUAAGGGUUGUGCUAUGGCUUUACACGGUAUGGGUGCUAGAGUCAUUGUUACUGAAAUUGAUCCUAUCAAUGCUUUACAAGCUGCUGUUUCUGGUUACCAAGUUGCUCCAAUGGAUGAAGUUGCUUCUAUCGGUCAAAUCUUCGUUACCACCACUGGUUGUAGAGAUAUCAUCACUGGUAAGCACUUUGAACAAAUGCCAGAAGAUGCCAUUGUCUGUAACAUUGGUCACUUUGACAUUGAAAUUGAUGUUGCUUGGUUAAAGGCUAAUGCCGAAUCCGUUGUUAACAUUAAACCACAAGUUGACAGAUAUUUGAUGAAGAGCGGUCGUCAUGUUAUCUUAUUAGCUGACGGUAGAUUAGUUAACUUGGGUUGUGCCACUGGUCACUCUUCCUUUGUCAUGUCUUGUUCCUUCUCCAAUCAAGUCUUGGCUCAAAUUGCCUUAUAUAAGUCCAACGAUGAAGAUUUCAGAGCUCAAUUCCCUGAAUUCGCCAAGACUGGUCCAUUUGAAAUCGGUGUUCACUUAUUACCAAAGAUCUUGGAUGAAACUGUUGCCAGAUGUCACUUGGAACACUUGGGUGCUAAAUUGACCACUUUAACCGACGUCCAAGCUGAUUACUUGGGUAUUCCAGAAACUGGUCCAUUCAAGGCUGACAUUUACAGAUAUUAA